AUGUUGAUCAAAUUGGACUCGUUCCCUAUGUCGGCUAUACGAGGUGGGAAGAAUCCAAUUGUCAAGUUGGAACUGGAGGGCGUGGCGGCGCCUGUUACAAUUUUUGACUCCUGCAUCGUCAGGGUUAACCUGCCGAGAAUCACAGAUACAAAUAUAAAACCAAGAAAGAAUAAUGACGAGACUAAGAAUAAUGACGUGACUAAGAAUAAUAACGUGACUAAGAAUAAUAACGUGACUAAGAAUAAUAACGUGACUAAGAAGAAUGACGUGACUAAGAAUAAUAACGUGACUAAGAAGAUUGACGUGACUAAGAAUAAUAACGUGACUAAGAAUAAUAACGUGACUAAGAAUAAUAACGUGACUAAGAAUAAUAACGUGACUAAGAAUAAUAACGUGACUAAGAAGAAUGACGUGACUAAGAAGAAUGACGUGACUAAGAAUAAUAACGUGACUAAGAAUAAUAACGUGACUAAGAAUAAUGACGUGACUAAGAAUAAUAACGUGACUAAGAAUAAUAACGUGACUAAGAAUAAUAACGUGACUAAGAAUAAUGACGUGACUAAGAAGAAUAACGUGACUAAGAAUAAUAACGUGACUAAGAAUAAUAACGUGACUAAGAAUAAUAACGUGACUAAGAAGAAUGACGUGACUAAGAAUAAUAACGUGACUAAGAAUAAUAACGUGACUAAGAAUAAUAACGUGACUAAGAAUAAUAACGUGACUAAGAAUUAUGACGUGACUAAGAAGAAUGACGUGACUAAGAAGAAUGACGUGACUAAGAAUAAUGACGUGACUAAGAAGAAUGACGUGACUAAGAAUAUUGAAAGGAUAAGAGUCUCUUGA